UAGUCAAUCUAUCUAUCUAGCUAUCUAAUCUGCACCAUGGCCACCAAGACAGUCCAAGAUCCCAAAGAUGGAGUUGACUUUAGCUCUCUUCCUUGGAAUUUGAAUCUCCCGGAGGAACACAAGUACCUGCAUUUGACUACCGAAGGCGAAUGGACUCAAGCGCACUACGAUUUGUCCAAGGAUGCCGGAUCCUUGUUUGAUUCCCUCUACAAGUAUUCGGACCGAACUCUUCCAUUGGCUCCAGCCACCACGUCUCUCAACUACGGAACUACCAUUUGGGAAGGACUCAAAUGCUACCGCAAAGCCGAUGGAACUCCCAUUGUCUUUCGUGCCGAUCGAAAUUACGCCAGAUUCUGCAACGGUGCCGAUCAACUCUGUUUGCCCAAACCGUCCUUUGAACUAUUCAUGAGAGCCAUUCAAUUCGCCGUCAUGGAAAAUUCACAUUUGAUUCCGCCUCAUGGAGAAGGCAUGAAAUUGUACGUGCGUCCCAUGUUGUUGGGAAGUGGACAACAAUUGGGAUUGUAUCCUUCCAAGGAAUUUAGUAUGCUUUUUUACGUGUCACCAACCGGAAAUUAUUUCAAGUCCGCAACAGGCGGCCUCAAGCUCCAUUUGGAAACCAAACGAUGUCGUGCCGCCCGUGGUGGAAUGGGCGCCACCAAAUGCGCCGGAAACUAUGCCACGGCACUCAAACCACUCAUGGACGCCAAAAAACAGGGCUUUCACGACAAUCUCUAUCUCGAACUGGAAACUUAUGCAAGUGGAGCACUCGGGGAUGCCGUCUUGCAAGAAAUGUCCGCCGCCAAUGUCUUUUUGGUAUUGAACACGGGAGAAAUUGUCACUCCGGCGCUAGAACGAGGCACCAUUUUGCCUGGAGUCACGAGAGAAUCCGUGCUGGCAAUGAUUGAGAAUUUUGCCGACGAACUAAAACCGGCCAUGGAAGCCAGUACCGGACAAACUAACGUCCAAGCAUCCUCACGAGAUGUCAAGGUGAGCGAAUUUGCCAAUGCCACCGAAGCCUUUUGUACCGGAACCGCUGCCGAAAUUGCCUGCAUUGGCAGCAUUGCGACGGGGGAAGGUGAAGAAGCCUUUGAAAAGGUCUUUGAACACGGUCAACAGUUGCCCGGAGGACCCGUCACGGCGAAAUUGUUGGAUAUGAUUCGAGAAGUCAUGGUCGGAACACGUACGUGUGAUGCCAUGAAGGGGUGGCUUCGAAAUCCGCUGGAUGCUCCAGCAGUCUUUUGCAAACAGGAUUAGACCACCACCAACAACAACAAAAAUGCAAGCCGUCACCGAACAAAGGAUUGAUAGCUUUGUGUGAUGGUCUUUCCUGCUGCUAGCCCACGAUACGUUUUUGGGUUUUGAGUCUUGAUUUGCCAGUAAAUGCUGCGCUUGUUAU